CAGUAAUAAUGCUAAGCUGCUCCUGUGUUUCUUGCCCACAGUGUACAACUGGACAGUCGACGAGGUGGUGCAGUGGCUCAUUACCUACGUGGAGCUGCCACAGUACGAGGAGACCUUCAGAAAGCUGCAGCUGAGCGGACACGCCAUGCCCAGAUUAGCAGUGAACAAUGCCACCAUGAUGGGGACUGUCCUGAAGAUGACAGACCGCAGCCAUAGGCAGAAGCUGCAGCUGAAGGCUUUGGACACUGUGCUCUUUGGUCCUCCUCUCUUGACACGCCACAACCACCUGAAGGACUUCAUGCUGGUGGUGUCCAUCGUCAUCGGGGUGGGCGGCUGCUGGUUUGCCUACAUCCAGAACCGUUACUCCAAGGAGCACAUGAAGAAGAUGAUGAAGGACCUGGAGGGCCUCCACAGGGCUGAGCAGUCCCUCCACGACCUGCAGGAGAGGCUGCAGAAGGCCCAGGAAGAGCAUCGCUCCGUGGAGGUGGAGAAGGUGCACCUGGAGAAGAAGCUGCAGGACGAGAUCAGCAUCGCCAAGCAGGAGGCGCAUCGGCUGCGAGAGCUGCGGGAGGGCACUGAGAAUGAGCUGAGCAGGCAGAAGUAUGCAGAGCAGGAGCUGGAGCAGGUCCGAAUGGCUCUGAAGAACGCCGAGAAGGAGCUGGAAUCACACUGCAGCUGGGCUGCCCCCGAGGCCCUGCAGAAGUGGCUGCAGCUGACCCACGAGGUGGAGGUGCAGUAUUACAACAUCAAGAAGCAGAACGCGGAAAAGCAGCUCCUGGUGGCCAAGGAAGGGGCUGAAAAAAUUAAGAAGAAGCGCAACACUCUGUUUGGAACAUUUCAUGUUGCUCACAGCUCGUCUCUAGAUGACGUGGAUCAUAAAAUCUUAACUGCAAAGUGA